AUGCCAGGCCUCUACAAGCUAUACACACAAAUAUGCUUGAUCUACUCAGUUCCCGACACAUCUUCGCAUGGCAACAUUAUCACUACUCUGACCAACGGACUUGACCGAUUGGCAAAAGGUUUCCCACGGCUUACUGGCCAAGUUUUCAACGAAGGCGCAGUGGAUGGCAACACCGGCGUCUUCAAAAUCAGCCCUCUCGACAAGAUCCAGCUCGCGGUAAAAGAUCUACAAUAUGACCACUCUGCACCAACAAUAGAUGGCCUUCGCCAGGCCAAGUACCCGUUCACCAUGCUCGACGAAAACGUCAUUGCACCUUGCACAACCGCGAAUUUCAUCAAGGGCGGCCUGAUGCUCACACUCGUUGCCCAGCAUAAUGUCAUGGACAUGACUGGACAAGACUUCAUCGUCAAUAUGUUGUCCAAGGCCUGCCACAACAAGUCAUUCACAAGCGAGGAAAUUGCCACAGGAAAUAUCGACCGGAGCAAUAUCAUCCCACUACUGGAUGAUUCGUACGAGCUGGAUCCUGAGCUGGAUCGUCAGCUUAUGAAACCCCUAACAAGUGCAGUGACGCUGCCUCGGGAUAACUUGCGCCUGCAAAAUCUACCUGGGCCUAUAUUGAAAUUUCAGCGAGAGACAUGA